AGCACCACAAAGCUAGGCAAGGUUUGAAUCUUGGAGUAAUGUCCACAAGAGACACAGAGAGACGUUCAGAGAAAGUGUACGGUACAUACAGGACUGUUUGUGGAGCAAUCUUCCUAAUCCGCAAUUGAAGACAACCAGAAGAGUUUCUGAAGACUUUGAAGGGUUUUGCAUUUUACAUUUCUAUGUGGGUGUUGGAUACAAUCGGUGUGUCUGUGGAAAGAACCAGUCUGACUCUUCCCAUCCCAGAAUACAGUUUUAAAAUCAGGGACAUCAUGUUUAGCAUUGAUAGACCAUUGUCUGAGAAACACAAGAAAAUGUCUUUGUGCCCCAACAUUAUCACCCCGGACAGAAUCCCAGAAUUCUGCAUACCGCCCAAGUUAUCAUCUCAUCUGGAGCCCAAAACUCCUGAGAGGAACAAACACUCCCCCAGCAUCCAAAUCGCCACACCAGAAAACUCUGCUAACAAAAAGGAAUCCACUUUCCAUGAAAUGGUCAACAUGCAUGUGAUCCAAGUGGAAAAUGUGGAUGAGAUGCCCUAUGAUGGUGGAUACAGUGAUGAAGAAAGCACCAAUGCUGAUCCCCAAUCUCAAGCAGCUCUUUCCUUGCCCCACUUGCCAAAAGCUCAAACCAGCUACGGGUUUUGCACCUUGCUUGAAAGCCCCCAUACAAGAAGGAAAGAGUCCCUUUUCCACAAUGACCCAAACACUUGUGGCAUCCCCAUCAUGAUCCCCAGAAGCAGGUCCAACACUUACUCCCGAGUUUCCUCCUCCUCCUCAUUCAGUUUAAACUCACUGACCUCCAGACUGUCUCCCAAAAACUUCAGCCUGCACAGGCAAGGCACCCUGGACAGUGACACUGCAUCUUCAACAGAAUCUUCUCCCUUCAGCUCCCCGCUUCUUGCCAGAUCUCCUCCCAAGUCCUCUUUGUUCAAAGCAAUAAGUCACGAAAAACUCUUCUCCAGGACUGUAAAAAGAACAAUGGUGUCAAGGAACAACUCUUUGUCGACUGACGAAGGGAGCUCCACAGACAGCAGUCCCAACAUCAUGAGAAGAACAUCUGAAUGCUUGCUGGAGCCUAUGCCCUCUGCUUAUGGCUUAAUGCCUCCAACCGUUUUCCCCUUGGAUCUGGUGCACUACAGGGACAGAGUCAUAAAAGAAAACAUAAUUUCUGUGGGCCGAGAAGGUACCUUAAGACUUUCUGCUGAGUACUGCCAGGACAAUCAGAGACUCCGGGUGCGCCUGGUCAGUGCUGAAGGACUCUACGACUCUUCUGUGGACCCCAAAAGUAUCAACUGCUGCGUCAGCAUGUCCUUGGUGCCGGGGAAAAUCCAAAAGCAGCGCAGCACCGUCAUUAGGAAAAGCAGGAAUCCCAUUUUUAACGAAGACUUUUUCUUUGAUGGGAUUUCUGAGCAUGAGCUGUGUUUCAGAUCACUGAGAAUGAAAGUGGUUAACAAAGUGUCAAGUAUGAAAAGAGACUAUGCCUUAGGUGAAUGUGAGCUCCCUCUUACAAGCAUCUUACCCAAGUAAUGUUUUUCUAUGUGUGUGUGUGUGUGUGUGCAUGUGUGUGUGUGUAAUUAUGAUAUAUUUAUUUUGUGAGUACAAG